AUGAGAGUUACGCUGCCGCUAAGGGCUUUGUCUUGGGCUUCAGCAGAUGUAGACGUCGGCCGCUUGUUCACGAACUCAGACGUACAAAAGUUGCUGUACCGCGUAACAGAGGUUUGCCGCGAAAAGGUGUUUCGCCCUCGCCAAGUAAAAGAACUGGAGGCGCCGAAGUACGUGCUAAUGACGGAAAAGGAAGUUCGGAAAGCUCAGAAAAUCGCUGAUGAUCGGGCGAAGCUACGCUUGAUGGCGAUGCCACCGGUGAUGCACGCGAGACAGCCUUGCGAAGAGGUGAUCACGGUCGACAGUGGAAUAAGUGGUCACGAUCAGUCGAAGUUUGUCUUUACGGACAUAUCCUUCGGUCAGAAUGAACGAGUAAGCGGGGUACCGAGAAGUGUAAAAUUCCGGAUUUGUAUUGUUAGUUAUUAUCUUCUCCGGCGUCAUAUAUAAAA